AUGGUUGCAUGCAAGAAACGUUCCUCUCAGGUUGCAUGCAAGGAACGUUCCUCUCAGGUUGCAUGCAAGGAACGUUCCUCUCAAGUUGCUUGCAAGAAACGUUCCCCCAUGAUUGCAUGCAAGGAACGUUCCUCUCAGGUUACAUGCAAGGAACGUUUCUCCCGGGUUACAUGCAAGGAACGUUUCCCCUCAGAUUGCAUGCAAGAAACGUUCCCCCAAGAUUGCAUGCAAGGAACGUUCAAACCUCAGAUUGCAUGCAAGGAACGUUCCCCCUUCAGAUUAUAUGCAAGGAACGUCCCCCUCAGAUUGCAUGCAAGAAACGUUCCCCCAAGAUUGCAUGCAAGGAACGUUCCCCCCCGAAAUUGCAUGCAAGGAACGUUCCCCCUCAGACUGCAUGCAAGGAACGUUCCUCUCAGAUUACAUGCAAGAAACGUUCCCCCUUCAGAUUAUAUGCAAGGAACGUCCCCCUCAGAUUGCAUGCAAGAAACGUUCCCCAAAGAUUGCAUGCAAGGAACGUUCCCCCCCGAAAUUGCAUGCAAGGAACGUUCCCCCUCAGACUGCAUGCAAGGAACGUUCCCCCCUCAGGUUGCAUGCAAGGAACGUUUCUCUCAGCUUACAUGCAAGGAACGUUUCUCUCAGCUUACAUGCAAGGAACGCCCCCCUCAGAUUGCAUACAAGAAACGUUCCCCUCAGAUUACAUGCAAGAAACGUUUUUCCCCUCAGAUUACAUGCAAGAAACGUUCCUCCCCUCAGAUUACAUGCAAGAAACGUUCCUCCCCUCAGAUUACAUGCAAGAAACGUACCCCUCAGAUUACAUGCAAGAAACGUCCCCCUCAGAUUACAUACAAGAAACGUUUCCCCAAGAUUGCAUGCAAGAAACGUUCCUCUCAGAUUACAUACAAGAAACGUCCCCCUCAGAUUGCAUACAAGAAACGUUCCCCCAAGAUUGCAUGCAAGAAACGUUCCCCCAAGAUUACAUACAAGAAACGUUCCCCCAAGAUUGCAUGCAAGAAACGUUCCCCCAAGAUUGCAUGCAAGAAACGUUCCCCUCAGAUUGCAUACAAGAAACGUCCCCCUCAGAUUACAUACAAGAAACGUCCCCCUCAGAUUACAUACAAGAAACGUUCCCCCAAGAUUGCAU